CGACCACUUUUUUGUUAUUCGUUGAUCAGCUGCCGCAGGUAUAUAACAUUCAAAUCCGUCAUGAAGUUCUUGUUGUUUGCUUGUGCAUUUCUUACAGUUUUAUCGGCAGUUUAUGGAGCUGUGGCAAUUCAACUAGCAGAUCCGGAUCAUCCAGGUCAUUGCUACUCAGACGAAUUUGGCCAGAUGAAUUAUGGAGACGAAAAAACACUUGAGAAUUGUGUGAGGGCAUUUUGUAGCGACGAUGGGACAAUAUCACUAGCAUCAUGCGGACUUAUCGCAGCACCUUGUGGAUCUAUACCAGGGGAUCUAUCCAAACCAUACCCAGAUUGUUGUCAUAAAGCAAAAUCUUGCGAAUAAUAUCGUCCAUUUAGAAUAAUAGACUAUUUAGUUGUGUAACAAUAAUUUAUAACAUCUAAUUAAAUAUUAACAAAAAUUGCCUUUUUUUUCAAA